AUGAAAAAAACCAUUAGCGAUAAAUACCCAAUACCGAAUAUAUCGGAUGUACUAGAUAAGUUAGGAAAUUGCCAAUAUUUCACAACCUUGGAUUUAGCCAGUGGAUUUUACCAGGUCGAAAUGAACCCUAGUGACAUACCGAAAACAGCAUUCAACGUUGAACAUGGGCAUUUCGAGUUCUUACGGAUGCCCAUGGGCCUGAAGAACUCGCCAUCCACGUUUCAGCGUGUCAUGGAAAACGUGCUCCGUGACCUCCAAAAUACAGUUUGUCUCGUGUACUUAGCUGAUAUUAUUGUGUUCAGCACUUCCUUGCAAGAACACAUGGUAAAUCUCGAGAAAGUAUUUCAGAAACUACGGGAAUCCAACUUUAAAAUACAAAUGGAUAAAUCCGAGUUUCUUAAAUUGGAAACCGCUUAUUUAGGACAUAUAAUCAGUAAAGAUGGCAUUAAGCCAAAUCCUAGUAAAAUAUCAGCCAUAGAAAAGUAUCCAUUACCCAAAACCGCAAAAGAGAUUAAACAGUUUUUAGGCCUUAUAGGCUAUUAUCGGAAGUUCAUCCCAGACUUUGCUCGAAUUACUAAACCUCUGACACAAUGUCUAAAAAAGGGACGAAAAAUAACUCUUGACACAGACUAUAUUAACUGCUUCGAAAAGUGCAAGACUCUCUUGACUAACGACCCAAUCCUUCAAUAUCCUGACUUCAACAAAGAAUUCAUCCUGACCACUGACGCAUCCAAUGUAGCGAUAGGAGCCAUCCUAUCUCAGGGACCCAUAGGAUCAGACAAACCUGUAUGUUACGCUUCUAGAACUCUAAAUGAGAGCGAAGUGAACUACAGCACUAUAGAGAAAGAACUCCUUGCCAUCGUGUGGGCAACCAAGUACUUUAGACCCUACCUAUUUGGCCGUACUUUUAAAAUCUUAACUGAUCAUAAACCCCUUCAGUGGGUAAUGAAUCUUAAGGAACCGAACUCGCGACUUACUAGAACUCUAAAAUUACUGACUGUACUGACCGUGCUGACGAUCGAAGCCCAGGAGAUAAAACUUGAAUAUCUUGAAGACGGACCAAGCCUACUACCAUUUACACUUGGACCAACGACUCUCAUAACUCACUAUCAUACAUUUCUUCAAUAUGUAAAACUUGACGACAUCAGAGACAAAGUAACCUUAUUGCAGGUACAGCUACAGAACUACAAGAACAGAUUUGAUAAUGACACCAACUUACUGUACGAAUUACAAAUGGACUAUCUUUCUAGCAAACUAGACAAAGUAUUAUUACAACUAAAUAGCUUAGAGCCUAGUCGCACUAAGAGAGGUCUAGUAGACGGAUUAGGCUCAGUGAUCAAAAGCGUAACCGGUAAUCUAGAUUAUUUAGAUGCCGCGAAAUAUAAUAAUACCAUAAAAGUUUUGAAGGAUAACCAAGAUAGGAUCGAAUCAGAAUUCAAUAGUCACAUUAGCAUUAGUAAAGAAUGGAUGUUACAACAUAAUAGUGUGAUAUCCCAGAUAAUUGAAAACGAGAACAAAAUUAACUCAACGCUUAUCCAAUUACUAGAUAGAGCCGCUUAUAGAGAUAGUAGCCUCAUCAAUGAUAUAUUCAUAGAUAAUACACUAUAUACCAGGGAGAUAUAUUCUUACUAA